AUGGAGUAUUCAAACUCACACUAUGAAGGAAAUCAUAUCUCUGAGGAAUUAGAAAAAGGGACCGUGUUCAAAAUUUAUCCUGCAGCCUUUAAUAUCGUUUGGGGAAAGGAUGAACGAUAUUGGAAAUUACCCCAAGAGAAAGAGGCAGCAACACUUGUACAAGUAAGUUGGCUAGAGGUAACAGGGUGGUGUGACAAAGUAGAAAAAGGCACAAAAUAUGAAGUUAAGUUCAAGGUGAAAUUGACACCAGAUUCAUUUGGAUUUAAUGAGUUACCCCUCUAUUUUAUGGUCAAAUCUGGAUCAAAAAACUUAUGGAAGAAAAUUUAUUUAACAAAAGAUGCUAAUGUUGAAUCAAAUGGAUCAUAUCUUGUACCAAAUAAUCUUACCAUUACAACAACUGAUUCUCCAUAUGAAGAUAGCAAGCUUUGUUUUGGGCUUUAUGAAGUUUGGAGUGGAAAAUGGAAAGGAGGAUUAAUUAUCCAAGAAGUAAUUAUUCAGAAGAAGGAUUAAUAACUACACAUAUAAUAGUAUACUAAUAAAGAAAUGCUUCACAGAAGUUUUAUGUUAUAACCAUUGGAACUAAUCCCUCCAAAUAGUUUUAUAUUUCCUUGUAAUACUGAGUGUUCUUGUGAAAAUAAAUGUUUGUUGCUACUGACUUGUAUUUAAAUUUUCUGUUGUGUUAUUUUGUAAUAAAUCUGAUUUGUAAUAUAUGAUUUACAAAUUUGAGUUAUAGAAA